UGUUGUCUGAAUAAUGUUCAAUUUUUUGCUCGAUCUACUUCUCAGGUAUAUAUAUAAGAUUAUGCAUAAAUCAAGUAUCAUAUUUUUCAGAAAUCUAAUUCUCGUACCAGAAUACGUGGGCACCCACGAACACUGUUGAACAAUGGAAGUUUUUGAUCGUCAUUUUCCACUAUAAAUGCAAGUGGUGGACAGAUAUAUUUAUGUGUAUAUAUAUACUAUGAAUGGCACAUAAUCCAUAUAAUAAGCUUUCAACCAAAAAAAAAAAAAGAUUCACCAUGGUUCAUGCUGAUGCUCAUAAUUUUCCCGGGUCGGAUCAAAACCCCACUCAUAUGAACAAGUUCGCUUGCGGGUGUGCCAUUGUUGCUUCCAUCAUUUCUAUCAUCUUUGGAUAUGAUACGGGAGUUAUGAGCGGAGCUCAGAUAUUUAUAAGAGAGGAUCUAAAUUUAGACGACACUCAGAUCGAAGUUUUGGCCGGAAUCUUGAAUCUUUGUGCACUCGUCGGAUCACUAACGGCGGGAAAAACUUCUGACGUCAUCGGCCGACGUUACACCAUUGCUCUCUCCGCCGUGAUAUUCUUAGUGGGCUCAGUUCUUAUGGGUUACGGCCCAAACUACGCCGUUUUGAUGGUCGGAAGAUGUAUCGCCGGAGUUGGUGUAGGGUUUGCUCUCAUGAUAGCUCCUGUUUACUCUGCCGAGAUAUCCUCUGCUUCACACAGAGGCUUUCUCACUUCUCUACCUGAGCUUUGUAUUAGUCUUGGGAUUUUACUUGGUUAUGUCUCGAAUUACUGUUUUGGGAAAUUGACGUUGAAGCUUGGAUGGAGAUUGAUGCUUGGAAUCGCAGCGUUCCCGUCUUUGAUAUUGGCUUUUGGUAUUACAAGAAUGCCCGAGUCGCCGAGGUGGCUUGUGAUGCAAGGUAGGUUAGAAGAAGCCAAGAAAAUAAUGGUUUUGGUAUCCAACACAGAAGAAGAAGCUGAAGAACGGUUCAGAGACAUCUUAGCCGCUGCGGAAAUAGAUGAGAUAGAGAUAAAAGCAGUGAGUGGCGCCGUUAAGAAGAAUCAAGGUAAAAGUGUUUGGAGGGAGUUGGUGAUAAAACCGCGACCUGCGGUGCGUUUGAUCUUGAUAGCGGCCGUUGGGAUACAUUUUUUCGAGCAUGCGACGGGGAUUGAAGCCGUCGUGUUGUACAGCCCGAGAAUUUUCAAGAAAGCGGGAGUUGUUUCGAAAGACAAGCUCUUACUAGCCACGGUCGGUGUAGGUUUAACUAAGGCCUUUUUCAUAAUAAUAGCUACUUUCUUGCUAGACAAGGUAGGUCGGAGAAAGCUUCUAAUGACCAGCACGGGUGGGAUGGUCUUCGCACUGACCAGUUUAGCUGUUAGUCUCACGAUGGUUCAGCGAUUUGGGCGGUUAGCGUGGGCAUUGAGUUUAAGCAUCGUCUCUACAUAUGCAUUUGUAGCGUUUUUCUCCAUUGGGCUUGGGCCUAUCACAUGGGUGUAUAGCUCCGAGAUAUUCCCGUUGAGACUUAGGGCUCAGGGAGCGAGCAUAGGCGUUGCGGUUAAUAGGAUCAUGAAUGCGACGGUCUCAAUGAGUUUUCUAUCCAUGACGAAGGCGAUCACGACAGGGGGCGUGUUCUUCGUAUUUGCCGGAAUAGCCGUGGCCGCAUGGUGGUUCUUCUUCUUUAUGUUGCCGGAGACGAAAGGAUUGCCAUUGGAGGAGAUGGAGAAGCUUUUUGGUGGUGGGGGUCCUCGUGGUGAUCGCGACGAACUAGAGAUUCAAACUAAGAGAGUCAAUAAUUAGGUUAGACUAUCAUGGCUAUGUAGAAUAAUUUUUAAAUCCAACAUGAUUUGGCAUAUCUAUUAUAAGGUUUUAAUAAUCAUAUGUAGUGAACAUCGAUCGAACCAUCUUGGAGUUGUGAUUCAUUUCGAUGGAAAAAAAGUCACAGUGGUUUGUGGAAUCAUCACCGUAUAUAUAUAACCUAUUUGGAAUGGAAGACAUUUUUGAGAUUGAGUGUA